UAUAUAUCUAUCUCCUCCUCGAUCGGAAGAAUCGGCCAUCACCGGAUCACGACGGCACACUCACCCUUGUCUUGCGCCACCGUUCCCUCCUCCGGUUCGCGUCUUCACAUUCCCCAACAACACCAACCCAAUCUCUGUCGUCGCGGACAGAUGGAGUCUCUCCUCGCCGCCGCGCACCUCCACCCGGCGACCUUCUCGCCGGCGUCUCUCUCCUCUUCCUCCUGCAGCCGCUCGCCUUCCGUCGCCCGCGGCGUCCGCGGCGGUGGCCGGACCGUCCGAUGCGCCUACACCAAGGACGCGAUCCUUUACGCGCUGGAGCACGACGCGAUGUUCAACUCCGACGAGGUGAUCCAGUGGGAGAGCGGCAAGACGAUCAACACCAUCGCCGCCGCGCAGGGCAUCAGCAUCCGCCGCCGCUGCCGCCCCCGGUACCCCUCCGAGGGCUCCGGCGACGACAAGGCCGUGCCGCGCGACAUCCUCGAGCAGAUCAUAUGGGAUAAGGAGGUGGAGGUGUCCCAGAGGAAGGCCAAGAAGCCUCUGAGGAGUGUGAUGGAGUCCAGCGAGCACGCGCCUCCGGUCAGGGAUUUCAUCGGCGCUCUCGCAGCGGCCUACAACCGCAAUGGAGUGCCCGCCUUGAUUGCCGAGAUUAAGAAGGCGUCACCAAGCAGGGGCGUGCUAAGGGAGAACUUCAACCCAGUUGAGAUCGCACAGGCGUACGAGGAGAACGGCGCGGCCUGCAUCAGCAUCCUCACAGAUGAGAAGCACUUUCAGGGGAGCUUUGAGAACCUUGAGACGGUUCGCAAUUCCGGUGUUAAGUGCCCUCUUUUGUGCAAGGAGUUCGUCAUUGAUGCCUGGCAAAUAUACUAUGCACGGUCAAAGGGUGCCGAUGCGAUUCUUUUGAUUGCUGCCGUGCUACCUGAUCUUGACAUGAAGUACAUGCUUCGUGUCUGCAAAAGUCUUGGAAUGACCGCUCUUAUUGAGGUUCAUGAUGAAAGAGAACUGGACCGUGUGCUUAAAUUAGAUGGUGUUGAGCUUAUCGGAAUCAACAACCGCAGUCUAGAGACAUUUGUACUAGACACUUCAAACACAAGGAUGUUGAUGGAGAAGCGUGGCGAUAUCAUAAGGGAUAGGGGCAUAAUGGUUGUUGGCGAAUCUGGCCUGUUCACUCCCGAUGAUGUUGCAUAUGUGCAGAAUGCCGGCGUUUCCUCGGUUUUGGUAGGAGAGUCCCUGAUCAAGGCGGAAGAUCCUGGGCGAGCCAUCGCUGGGUUGUUCGGGAAAGAGCUCAUGCGCUGAACUGAUGCUUCGCAAUUGUAUUUGUGUUGUUGGUUAUUUUUUCUUUUUUUUGAAACAGAUUUGUCUCUGUGAUUACUGUGUAUGUAGCAAUCAUAAAAAUAGUGCAUGUGCUUCUCAAUGGAACCAUAGAUGCAUAAAUGGAUGCAGUAUAGCAGAUGUAAUUAUGAAUAAGAGAAGUAUUAUGCAAAAUAAAAUCGUUUAUUCACUUCU